UUUCGCGCCAAAACACACAAGCAGCAAGCAACGCACCACCACCGGAUACAGAACAAGCAGACGAUGGAUGUGUUGACACCCAAUGCCGUCGCGGCGAUCAUGCGCGAUGAAGGGCCAGAGGACCCAGUUGUUCAGAUCCUGACCAUCAAGAAGAUCUCUCCUGGAGACUCCAAGGGUCAGAAGGCGGACCGGUUUCGCUUGACCAUCUCCGAUGGCACCAACAAGCACAACUCUGCCAUGCUGGCGACGCAGCUCAACCCCAUGAUCGUCAACGAGGAGGUCGUCAAGAAUGGCGCCAUUCGCCUCAAAAAGUUCAUGGCCAACACAGUGCAGGACCGCACCAUCAUCAUCGUGCUGCAGGCAGAGGUGGUCGCAAAGGACCUCGGCUCCGUCAUCGGCGACCCUGUUGGCUUGGGUGAGAAGAGGAAGCCUGCCCCCGCGCCCGCGCCCUCCGCUGCAACAGCAUCCCGCCCUGCGGCCCCCGUCAAAACAGAAAACCCAUACAAGUCCCCACCAAAGCCCGCCAUGCCUUCCAUGGCAGCGGCAUCUUCCGGGGCGUAUUCACCCAUCAUGAGCCUGCACCCGUACCUGCAUCGCUGGACCAUUCGCGCGCGCGUGGCCAGCAAGUCAAACGUUCGCACAUGGAACAACCAGCGAGGGUCUGGCCGACUGUUCUCGGUGGAUCUGAUUGAUGACAGCGGCGAGAUUCGCGCCACGGGCUUCAACGACGUCUGUGACAGCCUCCACCCAGUCUUCGAAGUCGGCAAGUGCUACGUGAUCCAGGGAGGCAAGAUCAAGCCGGCGAACAAGCGGUUCAACCAGCUCAACAACGAGUACGAGAUGCAGUUUGAGUCGGACACCCGGGUCACACUGGACAUGUCUGCAGACAACGUCAUCCCGCAACAGAAGUUUGACUUCAAGUCGUUUCGCGAGCUGGAGAACACCCCGGUCUCCCGCGAGUCCAACGUCUUUGCCGACGUCCUCGCCGUUUGCCACAGUAUCAACGACGCAGACACCAUCAUCACAAAGGCUACGGGACGAGAGCUGACGAAGCGGGACAUUACGCUGCUUGACCGGGACGGCCUGAGCAUGACGUGCACGCUGUGGGGACAGGACGCAGAGGACUUUGAGAAGAACGGCGGUGUUGUUGGCGCCGUCCUUGCCAUCAAGGCCGCACGCGUCUCAGACUACAACGGCCGGUCGCUGUCCGUGUCGCAAUCGAGCACCAUGUACAUCAACCCGGACAACGAUGAGGCACACAGCCUCAAGGGCUGGUACGAUAUGGAGGGCGCCACCGUCGAGGCAAAGCCCCUCACCGUCCGCAACGCCGGCGGCAACACAACCCGCAUCCUCCUCUCCCAGAUCAAGGACGACCAGAUUGGCAUGAUUGACGGGAAGCCAGAGUACUUUAUGGCGGUGGCCACGGUGACAUACAUCAAGAAGGACAACUGCAUGUACCGCGCGUGCCCGUCCGACUCGUGCAACAAGAAGGUGAUUGAGAACGGUCCGGAGGAGUACCGGUGCGAAAAGUGCAACAAGUCCUACCCCAACUUCAAGUGGCGCCUCAUGACCUCCAUGAGCAUUGCAGACGCCACAGGCCAGACCUGGGUCACCGCAUUCCAGGAGUCUGCUGAGAAGUUGCUUGAUUCGACGUCGCAGGAGCUUGGCCAUCUGAUGGAGAAUGACGAGGCCGCCUUCUCCAAGAAGAUUGCCGAUGCACAGUUCCGCACGUGGCGUUUCAAGUGCCGCGCAAAGGCUGACACGUACCAGGACGACACCCGCGUGCGCGUCUCCGUCGUCGACGCAUCCCCAGUCAACUACGUCGACGAGGCCGCCCACCUGAUCCAACAAAUCAACCUCUACGGUUGAGUGAGGCUGUUGAAACCCUCAAACUGCACACACACACACGCACACACACACACACACACACACACACACACACACAAAGGCGAAAGCAACGCAAGCACCUGUCUGUUCUACCUUAACUGCUUCCCGCUUGAUUGCCUCAGUUUGUCUUUUCCUUCCCCUUAAACAAUGGACGAA